UGGCAGACACGUGCAACUAGCUUCGUAGUGGUACCAUUCCAAGUCUGUUAGUGUUUUCCAAAUUCAGUGCAUAUAUUUGUGGAAAAGAGGACUUUAAAUUCUCGACUUGCGACUUUUCAUCAUGAAUACGUCGGCAAAAAUUGUAAAAAUUUCUCUCACAGCAAUCGAAAAGCGACCUGAAGUUGUUGGGCGUGAAGACAAUGCUCCAAAUCUCGAAAGUAUCAUCAACGCUUCUGUCAAGUCACUUAAGAGUGGUAAUGUGAUUGCUAUUCCAACUGAUACCAUCUAUGGGGUAGCAGCCUUGGCGCAGUCCACUGAAGCAGUCACUAAGUUGUAUGAAAUCAAGAGGCGACAUGAAGAGAAGCCAGUUGCAAUAUGUGUUGGGAACUUGGAAGAUGUAUAUAAAUGGGGAAAAGUGACUGUGAGUAAAGAAAUUCUUCAAGACUUGCUUCCUGGGCCUGUGACAUUAGUAUUUGAAAGGACUGAGCAGUUAAAUCCUGGGUUAAAUCCAACAACAAGACUUGUUGGAAUCAGAAUUCCUGAUCAUGAUUUUGUGCGGCAAUUGAGUUUAGCAUGUGAAGAACCACUUGCUUUGACAAGCGCAAAUGUGAGCACUGUGGGACAAAGCAGUUUGAAAAUUGAGGAAUUUAAAGAAAUUUGGCCAAAACUAGAUUUAAUUCUUGAUGGUGGAGUGUUAGGAUUGACUGAGCAGUGUCGCAAAGGUUCAACUGUUGUUAAUUUGUCAGUUCACGGCAAGUUUUCUAUCAUCAGAGAAGGCAGUGCCUAUGAUCAAACAGUGAACAUUCUCAGCAGAAAAUAUGGUUUAGAGGAUUGCACUAGCUGACAACAUACUACAGCAGUAUUUGCACCUUUUUUACUUGAACAAAUAAGGAACAUCACAAUCACUCAUGAGAUCUAAUUAACGAUUCUUUGCUCUGUUUGCUAUAAAUUUCUUGUAAGUUGAGCUCUGAGGAUUUGGUGUUAGUCAAGCUAUAACCCCAAUACCUUUCUGCUUGAAAGAGUAUCAACAUUAUAGGAAAAAUUUCUCUUUGGUCAUUCCUGAGAGAUUUAGUGGUACAUCAUUUCAAUUUUAGUUGUUGCAGCCAUUGUUGUAUGUUGUAAAUUAUAUAAGAACUGUCUUGAAACUGAGUAAAUCUGAGGAUAAUAUUUUUGUUGGGGCAAAAAUAAACCAAAGAGAAGCAAGAUGUUAAGGAAUGGAAACAAUUAAUAAAGACACCAAGCAAUAAACAAGAAAAAUUUGAACUAAAUAUUUCUUUGAGAAAUAAAUUGUAAAAUAGGUCCUUUUACCAUGUACACACCAGUCUGUACUCAAUUUGGUACUAUAUAAAGACAAGAAUGUGUCAGCAAUUUGCACUCUUAAAUUUGUGAUAUGCCAACAGCUUUUAAGUGAUAGUGUUAUUCCAUCAAGAAACUUUGACUGGAGGAGUUGCAUGGUCUUCAGUGAUAAAGUAAAAUUGGAAGGGUAACAUUUGUUAAUUUGCCAGUCAUUUGUUGUGAGACUUUUUACAUAUGUACAGCAAUUUAAUUGCACCAUAUGUAAGCUGCAAGGUUUACAUGACAGUAUCAUUUUCGUUUAAUGAUAAUAUAGGAGUAUUGGUAAAAAAUUUCCUUAUCAUUGUAGAAGUAUUUGUGUCAUUUGAUGCAUUUUAAAUAUUUAUUGUGUUGUGGGUACUAAUGUUUGAGCUAUUUCAUGUAUGCAUAAUUAAAUAUCAUGAUCCUAGGAGUACAUAACACUUGGACGUAAAACUUAAGCCAUGUUUGGCUCAGAACAUCUGAAUAUGAAUAAUGUGACAGCUCUAUUUGUGUACCAAUGAAACAACUGUCAACAGUUUUACAUUGACGUGGUUCUGUUGCUGCUUGUGUACUGAUAAGAGUUGAUCAUUUGUAAAUGUCGUAUUUAUGGGAACAACUAUGGAUGUAAAGUA